AACUAAAAGUUAGGCACGAUUUAAAUUAAUAUUUACUAUUUCACAAAAACGUCUUCAUAAAUUGUGGCCCUUCAUCCAAAUUCUGGAAGGAUAUGGCUGGUUACUUCGAAGAAAUGGGAUGGAGAGAGUUAGGAGAAGGAGAGGAACCAAAUCACCUACUGCAUAUGGCAAGAUUCCUCGUAGACUUUGGGCUAUAUGAGGACAAUUUCACUGGAGAGUGGCCGAGGCUACCUCCACCAGCUGCAAAGGAAGCCGUAGACAACCUGCCAGAAAUUACAGUUUAUGAUUCUAACAAGGAUUGUCCAAUAUGCUUAAAGAAGUUUAAUCCAGGAGAGAAGGCUAAACAAAUGCCAUGUAAACAUAUUUUUCAUAGCACUUGCAUUCUGACCUGGCUAGCCAAAACAAAUUCAUGUCCAUUUUGUCGAUUUGAGCUACCAACCGACCACACUGGCUAUGAAGCUUUCAAAAAGGAAAAAAAGAGAGCCGAGCAGCGAAAAGAAGACCUUGACACUCUUUAUAGCUCAAUGUUUAGUUGAUUUCGUCAUAAAAUAAUAAACAGGUAACUUGGGUAUCAUGCAAAUGA